AUGGCCAAAUUAAGAUCCAAGGGUAAAAUUGUAUUGGCCAUAGCUACAUCAAGAAUUGUUGCAUUGCUUCUAUCAGGUGGAAGAAUAGCACAUUCACGUUUUCAAAUUCCUUUAGAUAUCACUACGGAAAGUACAUGUGAUAUAAAAAACGGGACACAAUUGGAAAAACUAUUUACACAAACAACUUUGAUCAUUUGGGAUGAAGCACCCAUGGCAAACAGGUAUUGCUUUGAAGCCUUUGACAGAGCUUUGAAAGAUAUUUUGUCUGAAAAAGAUCAAUCAAAUGCAGAUAGAAUAUUUGGAGGCCUCAUCGUUGCCCUGCGUGGUGAUUUCAGACAGAUUCUACCAGUUAUACCAAAAGGGAAAAAACAUGAUGUAAUACAGGCCUAUCUAUCGUCAUCUUCCCUUUGGAAACAUGUAACGGUGUUGACACUUACAGAGAACAUGAGGUUGAAGACAAACUUGGUGAACCCAACAGAAUUGGAUAACUUGAAGGCUUUUAACGAAUGGUUACUUAGUAUCGGAGAAGGAAGGGACAUUGCAGAAGAUGAAAAUAAAUAA